AUGGCAGAGCUUAUGCUUAGAGCCCAGAAACAUAUGAACGCCGAAGAAGCUAUUUAUGCAUGGCAUUCGCUUGAUGGUUUUGAUCCUCAAGCAGGGCCAUCACAAGUUGGUGAAUUCUCUCCACCAAACAGAAAAAGAAGGGAAUCCACCCGUAAGAUGGGAGGCAAACCAAAGAACAAAAAGGUGGACUCAAGGUCUUCCCCUAAGCGGGGAGGAGCUGGAGGUCUACGCCAAGAUGACUGCAUUGAUCUCAAACAACAGAUCGAGGAUCUAAUCCAAAGAGGGAGACUGCAACGUUUCGUAACGAAGAAGUAUCAGAAACAAUCCAGAAAGGAAGAUACAAACAAGGAAGGCAGGGAUGCCACUGCACCCCACUUAGGUCCCAUUGGAGAGAUCAAGGUCAUCCAUGGAGGAUUUGCUGGAGGAAGAGAGUGUAGCAAUGCUAGAAAAGCUCACCUAAGAAAGCUAAGAACAGAGGAAUACUUGAAAGUCAACACGGUUGGACAUCCAAGCAAAUUCCAGAAGGAGGAGGAAAUAUCCAUUAUUUUCUCAGAUGAAGACAUCAAGGGAGUUCAAAUCCCUCACGAUGACCCCCUGGUUAUAACCAUUGUCGUGGCAAACUACCUCACAAGAAGGGUAUUGAUAGACACUGGAAGCUCAGCCGACAUCCUCUACCUCCACGCAUACGAUCAACUAAAAGUUGGACGAGAAAGGCUAAAACCCAUGACCUCACCACUAGUUGGGUUUGCAGGUACGCCUGUUAACCCGGUUGGUCAAAUAGCCCUGCCAAUCAUAGUGGGGGAAGAAGGAGCUCAGAUUACACGCAUGAUAGACUUCAUAGUAGUGGAUUGUCCUUCAGCAUAUAAUGCAAUACUGGGGAGAACAACUCUUAUUAAAAUCAGGGCAAUAAUCUCCACGUAUCAUUUGAUAAUAAAGUUCCCAACACCAGAAGGAAUCAUGCGCAUAAGAGGAGACCAAAAAGCAGCACGGGAUUGUUAUGUUACCUCGCUCAGAGGGGCAAACAUUACGAUGAACAUAGAAAGUCUUGACACGCGAGAUGAAGAGAAGCUCCAACACGGAGAACCAGUGGAAAAGCUCGUAGAAGAGCUCCUGGAGCCAGGGCAACAGGGAAAGACAGUAAGGAUUGGAACAGGAUUGAGCACAGCAGCAAAAGCAGAGCUGCUGCAAUUCCUAAGAAAAAACAAAGAUGUCUUUGCAUGGUCCCACGAGGACAUCCCGGGAAUUGACCCAAUGGUCAUAUCCCAUAAACUAAACGUAGAUCCCACAGCUCGCCCUGUUAAAUAG